GGCUAUGAUAUAGCCACUCGAACUAGGCCUAAUUAAAAUGUUGCAUUUACGUAGGCAUUUAAGAAGAUGAUGCACGCUUACCGGUAAGGCUAUGUCUCGUAACUGGGUGACGUCAGCUCUAACCAUCGACGAUGAAAUGUGCAGGUGAACACGGGAUAAACACAUGAACCAAAAGCAAGAAGGGGGAGGGCAAAAUUAUCUGGCGAACAUGAUUUCUGAAUGGGGGGAUGAAGAUAUAUUUACGGAUAAAUGGCGUGCUAUGCUAUCGCACUUAACCGAUAUAGCUGCAUCAGGAGGUAUAGCCUAAAUUGCCUAUCAAAUAAUAACGGGAUGUCUCUCGCGAUAUAUUUCCUCCCAUCAUUGUUCCUCCGCUCGAUAGUCCAUGUUGGCGCCAAUGGAGUGACCCAAUUGAACUAGUAUAGAGAAGGCUACUGUGGAGAAGUCUGCUAGGCGACAGCAAUACAUUAUCAAUACACCCACAUGUGGCACUGGUGACUUAACGGGCACCCGAGAAACAACACCUGCAUUUUUUGUUUUUGUUUUUCACAGUCCCGCGAUCGUGUGACAUGACACGUAGGACAUGAUCGAAUCAAGCCGUUGGGGCAAUUGUAGGAGGUGCGGUAAUAACCUGGCAGGAGGGAAGCUUCAUGCUUGGAACACGUUUGCUUUUGGAGGAUCGUAUUCAUACAUGGGGCUUGAGUUGUCAAUCAGGCGGUCCCGACUCUGGACCCCCUGAUUGUCGGAGUCUCGGACAGAUCCCGAUGCUCACGGUCAAAUCGUUGCUUGUGAGGAACAAAAUAAUGCCUGCGGUGAACGUUACCGGAGAAGCGCCCUUACUGAACGGGGGCAGAAGAGAAGAGCAGCGUCCCUGUAAACAGUCCCUUCCCGGGUCCCUAUGCCGAGAGUCCCACUGGAAGUGCCUGCUCCUCACGCUGCUGAUGUUCGGCUGUUUCGCCACGCUGGGAUGGUGCUCCUUCUCCCGUGUCACCGUCAUGGCUGCCGAUGAACACGGCCUCUACUACGGCGUCCGCGCCCGCCUCUACCAUGACAGCCCCUGCUCCAACGGCUACGUCUACAUCCCGGUGGCCUUCCUGAUCAUGCUGUACCUGGUCUACCUGGUGGAGUGCUGGCACUGCUUCUCUAAAACAUCCUCUCUGGCCCGGGUGAAGAUCAGCAAGGUGUACAACAGGGUCCAGAGGCUGCAGCAGGCCAUGCCCUGUAUCUGGUGGAAGGCCAUCAGCUAUCACUAUGUGAGACGGACACGGCAGGUAACUCGAUACCGCAAUGGUGACGCUUACACUACCACACAGGUGUACCAUGAGCGGGUCAAUACACACGCAGCCAGCUCUGAAUUUGACUAUGCUCAACAUGGUGUAAAGGACGUAUCCAAGGAGCUGCUUGGCCUUCUGGAGCACCCGGCCGUACGCCUUCGUUUCACCAAGUGUUUCAGCUUUGCCAGUGCUCGUGCCGAGGCCGCCUACCUCACCCAGCGUGCACGCUUCUUCGCAGAGAACGAGGGUCUGGAUGACUACAUGGAGGCACGGGAGGGCAUGCACCUGAAGAACGUGGACUUCCGUGAGCACAUGCUGGCCUUUCCUAACCCGGCGUGGCCGCCCUGGUUCUCUCGGCGGCGCAUGUAUUGGCUGAUCUCAGCCCUGAUGUUGUCCUGGCCACUACGGGUGGUGUCAGAGUACCGUACGGCAUAUGUUCACUACCAUGUGGAGAAGCUGUUUGGUGAGAACGAGGAAGUCAAUGACAAUGACAGCACUGAGAUGGGCAACUACCGCUUAGGCCAGGAGAAUGGGCAACGCGGUGGCCCCAGAUUACGUGUCAUAUCGAGGGUCAACACGGUAGACAUCACUGAACUGGAGUGGCACAUUCGCUGUAACCAGCAGAUGGUGCCCAGUUACUCCGAGGCCUUGCUGAUGGACCUGAACACCAAUAACACAACCUCUUUGCCAUCUGCGUUUACCGGGGCAACACAUGUCCAUAUGAGGCGGAGCUCCAGCUAUGUCCUACAGAGCUGCCCACGCUGCUGCAGGUCCACCAGCAGCUCCUCGCUCCCCUCGCGAGUCAGGGGAAAUGUGGUAAUGGGGGCAGGAUCUUUGACAUAUGGGACAGUGGGAAGGAUGGGGGGAGGAAGGUUAGCCCUCAGCCGCAGUGGAUUCUCUCUGGGCCGUUUGCACACGAUGCGCCAGGCCUGCCUGUUUCACUCCCGGAGCCUUGGUGCAGGGAUGGGGAGUAGAGGGGAUGAAGGUGGUGGGUUUCUGGGACUGGGCCUCCGCCGGGCUAAUGAAGAAAGCAGAGGGGUCCUGGAGUCAGAAGGAUAUGAAGUGGACGAGAAUAGUCUGCAGCUAGCGGAGGAUAGAGAGCAGGAACUAGAGAGAGUGAGGACCGAGAUCAUGCAGGGAGUGGCCUGUGUGACAGAGACACCACCAGCCUAUCAGGAAGCUCUCCACUUGCCUGUGUUGAUUGUCCACGGUGAGGAGAGCUGUCAUGGAGGGGAGGACCUUGACGCAGGAUAGUCACUGUGAUUGGUGAAGGUGAUGUACAGUAGAGCAGACAUGCAAAUUUGCUCAGGAUAAUGCAAGAAAUUAGAGAGAGGAGAGGAGAAGAAAACAGGGACGGAGGAAGAAUGUGUGGCGAUAUCAAAAGGGUUGUUAAAGAGAGGGGUAUGGAAGGAGAAAGAAAACAAAUGGGGAAAUCAUGCUUUCCAGACCUGGGAGAAAGCAGUACUGUAAGUGAAAGAUGUGUAGGGAAACAAAACUAUUGUGUCACAGUAGAUUAAAUGACAGUUAUGUAGUUGCUCUUCCUAAAGAGACAGUAAUAUGUGUGUUCCAUUGUCCACAAUGAACAACAAUCGCUUUGUAUCUUUGUUCAUGAAUGUAUGGAAGUAUCAAGGAGCUGCUGAGUUAGCGCUUAACAUCAGGAGUAGUUCAUUUUUCACCAAGCUAUUAGAUUAAUUCAAGGGGCACUGUAUAAUGUGUAAACUUACAGAACUCCCUGUUAGAUGCGGAGCAAAACUCUAAUGCCAAUAAAAAAUAAGCAAUUACCAUUCCACAAAGAGAGUAUUACCAUUCCACAAAGAGUAUUACCAUUCCACAAAGAGAGUAUUACCAUUCCACAAAGAGAGUAUUACCAUUCCACAAAGAGAGUAUUGCCAUUCCACAAAGAGAGUAGUCCCAUUCCACAAAGAGAGUAUUACCAUUCCACAAAGAGAGUAUUACCAUUCCACAAAGAGAGUAUUACCAUUUCACAAAGAGAGUAUUACCAUUCCACAAAUAGAGUAUUACCAUUCUACAAAGAUAGUAUUACCAUUCCACAAAGAGUACUACCAUUCCACAAAGAGAGUAUUACCAUUCCACAAAGAGAGUAUUACAAUUCCACAAAGAGUACUACUAUUCCACAAAGAGAGUAUUACCAUUCCACAAAGAGAGUAUUACCAUUCCACAAAGAGUAUUACCAUUCCACAAAGAGAGUAUUACCAUUCCACAAAGAGUAUUACCAUUCCACAAAGAGUAUUACCAUUCCACAAAGAGUAUUACCAUUCCCCAAAGAGUAUUACCAUUCCACAAAGAGUAUUACCAUUCCACAAAGAGAGUAUUACCAUUCCACAAAGAGAGUAUUACCAUUCCACAAAGAGAGUAUUACCAUUCCACAAAGAGUAUUAACAUUCCACAAAGAGAGUAUUACCAUUCCACAAAGAGAGUAUUACCAUUCCACAAAGAGAGUAUUGCCAUUCCACAAAGAGAGUAGUCCCAUUCCACAAAGAGAGUAUUACCAUUCCACAAAGAGAGUAUUACCAUUCCACAAAGAGAGUAUUACCAUUCCACAAAGAGAGUAUUACAAUUUCACAAAGAGAGUAUUACCAUUCCACAAAGAGAGUAUUACCAUUCUACAAAGAUAGUAUUACCAUUCCACAAAGAGUACUACCAUUCCACAAAGAGAUUAUUACCAUUCCACAAAGAGAGUAUUACCAUUCCACAAAGAGUACUACCAUUCCACAAAGAGAGUAUUACCAUUCCACAAAGAGUAUUACCAUUCCACAAAGAGAGUAUUACCAUUCCACAAAGAGUAUUACCAUUCCACAAAGAGUACUACCAUUCCACAAAGAGAGUAUUACCAUUCCACAAAGAGAGUAUUACCAUUCCACAAAGAGAGUAUUACCAUUCCACAAAGAGUACUACCAUUCCACAAAGAGAGUAUUACCAUUUCACAAGGAGUACUACCAUUCCACAAAGAGUACUACCAUUCCACAAAGAGAGUAUUGCCAUUCCACAAAGAGAGUAUUGUAAUAAGAUCUGAUAUUACUUUUAGAUGUAAAACAAAUAAUCAAUUUAGUCAAUACACUAGCCGUGAUGAGGCUUAUGUCACCUACUCGCCUUCCUCGAGAACAUGCAGAUCGAGAGGCCAACAAUAUUGUCCAUGAUAUGACAUCAGAGAUAAAGUAAAUCAUAUUUUAAGAGUUAAGUGCACAAUUUCGCAUUUUAUGCUUUUAAGAUUAUCUCUUUAAUAAAUAAAAAAUCCCUCUCAGCAAUUUGCCCUUCACCACAAUUCAAAAGGGCUUUUCCCAUGUCUCAGUUCUGCCCACUGUUGCAAUUAUACAUCAUGAUCAAGUAUGGAUUUAAUGCAGUAGAGUACAUACUCACACUAACACUCACACUACCUCAACACCCCACCCCUCACUCAGCUGAUGCCAUUAGGAGCACCAUAUGUGAUCGAUGCUCGGAAGGCUUGGGACCAUAGACAAAACUGAGCAUGAUUUUCACCUUUUCACCGACAGAUUUUCACCUUGUCAGCUCAGGGGAUCCAAUCUUGCAACCUUACAGUUAACUAGUCCAACGCUCUAACCAUUGCACUCCACGAGGAGCCUGCCUGUUACGCGAAUGCAGUAGAAGCCAAGGUAAAUUGCUAGCUAGCAUUAAACUUAUCUUGUAAAAAAUAAUCAAUCAUAAUCACUAAUCCAGUUUAGCAGGCAAUAUUAACCAGGUGAAAUUGUGUCAUUUCUCUUGCGUUCAUUGCACGUAGAGUCAGGGUAUGUGCAACAGUUGGGGCUGCCUGGUUCAUUGCGAACUAAUUUGCCAUAAUUUUACGUAAUUAUGACAUAACAUUGAAGGUUGUGCAAUGUAACAAGAAUAUUUAGACUUAGGGAUGCCACCCGUUAGAUAAAAUACCAAGCGUUUCCGUAUUUCACUGAAAUAAUAAACGUUUUGUUUUCGAAAUGAUAGUUUCCGGAUUACCAUAUUAAUGACCAAAGGCUCGUAUUUCUGUGUGUUAUUAUGUUAUAAUUAAGUCUGAUUUGAUAGAGCAGUCUGACUGAGCAGCAGCAUUCAAACAGCACUUUAGUGCGUUUUGCCAGCAGCUCUUCGCAAGCACAGCGCUGUUUAUGACUUCAUCAGCCUAAUGACUGGUGUCACCGAUGUGAAAUGGCUAGUUAGUUAGCUGGUUGUGCACUAAUACCGAUUCAAACGUCACUCGCUUUUAGAUUUGGAGUAGUUAUUCCCCUUGCGCUGCAAGGGCCGCGGCUUUUGUGGAGCAAUGGAUAACGCUGCUUCAAGUGUGGCUGUUGUUGAUGUGUUCCUGGUUCGAGCCCAGGUAGGGACGAGGAGAGGGACGGAAGCUAUACUGUUACACUGGCAAUACUAAGGUGCCUAUAAGAACAUCCAAUAGUCAAAGGUAUAUGAAAUACAAAUGGUAUAGAAAAAAAUAGUCCUAUAAAUUAUUAUUAACUACAACCUAAAACCUCUUACCUUGGAAUAUUGAAGUCUCAUGUUAAAAGGAACCACCAGCUUUCAUGUUCUGAGCAAGGAAUUUAAACGUUGGCUUUUUUACAUGGCACACAUUUUUACAUGGCACAUACAUGGCACUUAUUGCAUAUUGGCACAUAUUACUUUCUUCUUCUCUUUUUGCAUUAUUUAAGCCAAAUUGAACAUGUUUCAUUAUUUAUUUGAGGCUAAAUUGAUUUUGUUGAUGUAUUAUAUUAAGUUAAAAUAAGUCUUUAUUCAGUAUUGUUGUAAUUGUCAUUAUUACAAAUAAAUAAAUUGUCCGAUUAAUCCGUAUCGGCUUGUUUGGGGUCCUCCAAUAAUCGGCAUCGGCGUUGAAAGAUCAUAAUCGGUCGACCUCUAAUCAGCAUACACACAUGCCAGUAGGUGCACAAAUUAUUCAGCACAAUAAUAACAAUAAAGCGAUAAAUUGUUGUGAAUGUGGACCGACAUUUCAAAGAAUGGCCAUGUAAACAUUUACAAGUAUGAAGAUAUUGACACGGUCGAGGACAGAGGUACCGAACAACUAAGUGUGUUGGGUGCCUCAACUCAAUCCCAUCAGCACUCUAAAACCACACCUUAUCUUAAAAAGAGUCCCGUAUGUAUUCAUUCUGCUGUGUCUAAUGUGUUACCAGUACAAAUUCAAAUUGUUGUUGAUGAACAUGAUGUUUAUGAUGGUGUUGGUGGUACAGAAGCACUAAUAAAGUAAGUCUGGAUAUAUCUACAUGUUCUGAUAACUGAUAAUAAUGCUCUCUAUAUUGACUGAGAAUAACAGUGCAAUCUAUUUUAUUUUAAACUAGAGGGAAAUAACAUCUCCCUCUAGUGACAAGCACAGUAACUGUUUGAAAUACCAUCAGGUCUACCGUUACUGUUGUUGUAACCAGUGUUGUUGUACCUACAUAUUGUGACCAGAUUUAUAUAUAGAUAUUUUUUUAAUAAUUAGAAGUGUUGGUUUUGGUUCUCACUACAUCCAUGCAUGACUGUCUGCAUGCAAGCAAAGCAACCAAUCUCAUUUCAUUUGGCUCCUACUCUCCCUCCCUCUGACCCUAAGCUCGUUUAAAAGGGCUAUAGGCACCCGUCACAUUUCAUAUAUGACAAAGGAGAGUCUGCACAUCAUCUGCAUGGGAAUCUACCAGUAAUUGUUAAGUAUAGGUACAAACCCUUCAGGUGAAGAGGAGAAAAGAAACUGCUGCAGCACAUGUUCCAUUUUCAGAUGUGACCAUUUUCACACUGGUAAGUGGCCCUUCCAAGAUUAUAGACAUACAUUUAGUAUUAUGAGUUUGUAUAAAUCAGAGCAAAGUGUUUAAACUCUGAAAGCAAAACGUGGUACUAUGCAGUUAUCCAAUAACUUUGGUAACCACAAUGUAAUUAUAAUGCAAUUAUGCAGGUAGUUACAAUUACAUAUAAUGUUUUAUUGUCACAUGCAACGUGUUAUCCAGAAAUGACUUUGGCUUCACUUAUGACGCCAAAUGUAACACUGUCCUUUUGUGGUUGAAAAUGUGUCUGAGUGUUUGAAAUGUGUUAGCUGACGUUACUAGCACUGGGGAGAGAUAAGCUCCACAGUAAGCUACCUGCAGACGUCUCAUGGGCUGAUGAAUCAGACUGAUGCUGCUGUCAUGAACAUUUCAGUGUUUAUUCAUAUUUAGUGGUUUUAAGAUAGUGUUGAAUCACUAGGCUACACCUCAGUGCAAAUCCAAGUAGGAUGUUUUAUGCUCUACUUUGGUUGUUGCCAGAUCUGUGUGUGUGUGUGUGUGUGUGUGUGUGUGUGUGUGUGUGUGUGUGUGUGUGUCCUCUGUGAUUUUCCUUCAAUAUUUCACUUUACCCCGGCCCGUACAAUGUCUCAGGAGCAGGUGAAUUCUCUUUUGAACAACAUGUAGAGCCUGUUGGCAGAGGCAACGCGGCUAAGGGCCGAAUGCCAUGAGCAGAGCACACAGUUGGCCCUAGUGAAAGCUCAUCAGAGGGGGGAGGGCCUGGGUCAGCAGAGAGAAGCAGCAAAGCUAGACAUGUUUAACAAACGCAGGCAGCUGGAGCAGCUCCUGGACACCAAGGUCGCCGUUGAAGCAAAAGAAAGACAAGCUUGCAAACUCAGCAAGCAACUGUAAGAGAUUGAGAGAGAGAGGGAGUAAAGAAGAGGGCAGAGAGGAGAGGGAUGGAUUGAUGUUGAGAGGA